AUGACAACCUCCAUCCCACAGUCCCCCACCGACGACGACAACAAGUCCUUUGACCUGAACCUGCAGCACGGCCACAAGGAUCUGGUGCAGGCGAUUGCGUUCAACGCGUACGGCGACCGGUGCGCGACGGGGUCGGUGGAUGGCAAGAUCCGCGUCUUCAACCGGCACAAGGAUGCGACGUGGAGGCUGUGUGAUACGUGGAGCGCGCAUGGAGGAGAAGUGAUAGAGCUGCAAUGGCUGCCGUCUACGAUAUACCCCAACCUCAUAGCUUCCCUCGGUAUCGAGGGCUGGUUCCGCCUCUGGGCGGAGAACCCUUCUGCUGCGCCUGGCCGCCGCUUCUGCGCUGCGCGGUCGGUCAAUGGUCGGCCAGCCUUUGACACCCGAUCCGCGCGAUCACCAUACCGGUCCUUUUCGAUGAAGCACAACGAGGAGACGAGGCAGACGUAUCUGGCUCUCCUAGCAACCGACGGACGGCUGACGGUAUACGAGAACGACCAGCCCGAGAAUCUAGCAGAGUACACAUCCAUUGACGAGUUCGCGAUAUGUCCCAAGCCGAGCCGCGGCGAAGAGGUGUCCUUCAAGGUGCGCUUCGACCCGAACCCGGAGCCCUGCUACACGGCGCUGAGGGCGGGCGUGCCCUCGGAUGCGCUGGGGCUGGUGGUGGCGGGCAUGAACUCGGUCAAAGUGUAUCGCACGAGGGAGAUUGCGUCGGCGAGCUUUGGCGCCAACACGCUGCAAAAGGAAUUCUACCUGGCCGUCGAGAUUAUGGGCCAUAGGGGGCUGGUGCGGGACGUGGCGUGGGCGCCGGGCAACAUCAGGGGCUACGACAUGAUUGCCACGGCGUGUCAGGACGGGUAUGCUAGGGUCUUCCGCAUCGACACGCCGUACUCGGAUAAUGAUGGGCGGUCGUGGGCGGCGUCGCAUCUGCUGAAGCCGGAUGGGCGUGCGCAGCAGCAUAGGGAGGCGUCGCCUACUACGACGACUUCUGCGAAGGAGGACAAGGAGAGCCAUACGCCGGGAUCCAGCUCGAACCCUAGCACCAAUCAUUACAACAACAACAACAACAAUAACGGCAACAACAAUAAUAAUCACAACGGCGGCGGCAACAACGUGCCUCACCACCAUCACCAGCCGUCAUCGACCCUCAGCGCCAGCCUCGCCAAGUCGAGCAACGUCGGCGAGCGCCUGUGGACAGGCCAGCCGGGGCAGAUCCCGCACGUGGCGCAGGAAGUCUCGCGGCUGGACAGUCACCGGACGCCGGUGUGGCGCGUGGGGUUUGACGACGACGGGCAGAUUCUGGGGAGCACGGGGGACGAUGGGCGGCUGCUGUGUUAUCGGCAGACGCCGGAUGGGCUGUGGGCGAAGAGCAGUGAGUUGGUGAUGAUGAAGACGAGGAUGGCGACGCCUUGA